AUGGUCAGAAGCCGGGCUGGAACUCUUGCGGUGAUCAACAUGGGCUUUCUCUUCUUGGCUCACCAUUUAGCAUUCCUUGGAAAUAUUCUUGGAAUCCCUUUGGUGAGCUGCAAGCGGAUGCAUCAGGCUGCAGGCUGGAUGACUGGCAUGCUCCUUGCCCUCCACGUCCUCCUGGCAAUGAUUGUUGAAGAGAACAGUUGGACCUUGAGCAAGAAACGCAACCUCUUCGCAUUCAUCGUUAGUCUCCCACCACACAGCAUGUUAAUAACAUAUAUUAAUUGA